AUGGGCUCCUCCGAUCUAGACCAGCUCAUUGAGAUGGGCUUCGACAAGGAGAGGGCAGAGCUGGCCGUGGCCAAGAGUGGUGGUCUGCAAGGCGCGCUCGAAUGGCUCGAGCAAAACCAAGACAAGUCAAUCGAAGAGAUCAAAUUGACUGCAACCAACGAUGAUGCGGAGGAGGGUCCCCCGUUGCAGCCUGGCGAAGAAGCGAGAAGCUUGGUUUGUAAUAAAUGUGGCAAGAAGUUCCGAAGCCAUGCGCAGGCCGAAUUCCACGCCUCCAAGACCCAGCACGUCGACUUUGAGGAAUCCACGGAGGAACUGGCACCGUUGACCGACGAGGAAAAGAAGGCCAAACUGGAAGCGCUUCGGGCGAAGUUGGCCGAGAAGCGGGCUGGACAGUCUGAACAAGACAAGGCCGACAAGAAGAGAAACGAGGAAAUUCGACGAAAGGGCAACAAGGAUUCGCAAGACGCUAAGGAGGAGCUCCAGAGAAAGCAGCAAAUGAAGGAGGCGGCGAAAAAGAAGCAGGAGAAGCAGGAUGACAUCGAAGCCAAACGACGCGUCAAGGCCAAGAUUGAGGCACAGAAGGAAGAACGGCGUUUGAAGGCCGAGCAGGAACGAGCAGAACGAGCUGGUGCGGCGCCUCCCUCUCAACCGGCAGCUGCUCCUUUGCCCACCAGCUCUGGCCCCGUGGCAUCCAAACCGGCUUCAGCGUACACGGAAACUCGUUUGCGAUUCCAGACCUCUAAAAGCAACGUCAUGAAGACACUCCCGGUCACUACCACUCUAUUCGAGGUUGCUUCGGCUUUGGAACAGGAGGAUGGCAUUCAAGUCCAGAGCUUCUUGCAGACAUUCCCGAGGAAGGUGUUUGAUCAGGAGUUCUUUGGGGAGUCUCUUAAGGACCUUGGUCUCAUUCCCAGCGCUAGUCUCGUAAUCCACGUUGGUGACCAACAUCGCGGUGGUCCAAAGAGCGUCAUGAUGCCAAACGCGAACGGAUCUACUACAGGAAACCCUUUCGAGGAACCCCAGCGACGCAUGAACGAAUAUACAGCCCAAGAAAUCGCCACACUACAAGCACGCCUUGAUAAGAAACUGGGCCCUGAAUACAUCUCGUCGAGACCAGGUGCGGCUGGACAAAGGGUGCACUAUCUAUCUGCCGACAAAUGCAUCAACCUGGCGAAUGAAGUGUUCGGGUUUAAUGGCUGGUCCAGCUCGAUACAGAAUAUUCAGAUCGAUUUCGUGGAAGAGAGUCAACAUACUGGCAAAAUCAGCUUGGGAUUAUCCGUAAUCGUUAGGGUUUCUUUGAAAGACGGAACUUUUCAUGAGGAUAUCGGUUACGGUCACAUCGAGAACUGCAAGGGCAAAGCUGCAGCUUUUGAGAAGGCGAAGAAGGAAGGAACUACCGAUGCUCUUAAGCGUUCGCUGAGGAACUUCGGUAACGUCUUGGGAAAUUGUAUCUAUGACAAAGAUUAUGUUUCGAAAGUCACCAAAGUGAAGCCCGCACCGGCGAAAUGGGACAUGGAUGAUCUUCAUCGGCAUCCCGACUAUGCCCCGAUCAAAAAGGAACCCGUUCAACCACGACCGGCUCCAGAAGAUGACGACCUUCCCCCUCGUCCUGCGAAUGCUCAGAGGGCAAACAGUUCUAAGGAUUCUGCGACUUUCGAUGGUGACGGGGAAUUUGGAAGUGAUCUAUUUGAUGAAGCUGAUUUCGGGGAGGCCACGAAUGGGAACCCAGAUGAAAUAGUGCUAGGCCCAGAAACGCAGAAAUUCCAACAACCUCCCACUCCCCUAAACGGACCAAAUGCCUACCGGGGACCCCAAGGGAACUACGCCCGGCCUCCGGUAAGGCCUAAUUCUGCGGUCGUGACACCUUCCAAACCGGAAAGGCCCUCUCCAGCACCUGGGGCCAGGCAAAUACCUGCACCCGCGCUCAAUGCCCGAAACGUUCCCAAUGCGGCUCCAAAUCCGCAACAAAACUUUACCAAUGCAAGGCCCAUGCCACCAGGUCAGUCUAGACCAAACCAAGCCUCUGCCUUAGCCGGCACAGGUGGUCAAGUGCCGAUCAAACGAGAGCCGGGGCCACUGUCCAAUGAAACCAAACCACAAGACAUGCUUCCUCCCGGGAGCUCACCCGCUCCAUCUGCUGGCUUCUUUUCCGCCCGGGCGGUCGACAUGCUCAGGGACAAUCCGAACCCUAUGGCGAAUGCCGCGCCUGCCUUCGAUCCUCAUGCCGAAAGUCCCUCCAUCCGCAAAACAGCGGGCGUCGACCACACCAAAAGCGUGCCGAUUUCGCGGCCUAUGCUGGCAGCGGCCUCGCCAUCUACUAAUAAUUCCCGAGACUUUGUGAAUCCCUCUACAGACGCACAUCGAAGGAUCGGCGCACCCGGGGCUAGUGGUGUCGGCAGCCCCAUGAAUAGAGGACCGUCAACUUCAUCCUAUCGCCCACUGACGCGACCCAAUAUCGACCCACGCAGCGUCAACAACAACGCAGCAGCAGCAUCAAAUGGGGCCAAUAUAGGGGCCCAGGGUAUGCCUCAUAAUAUGAACGGAAAGCGACCUCCCCUAGGGGAUGUGACGAACGCAACUCACCCCGGUGGAGGCAGUAGUGGGCCUGUUCCCAAUGGCAUUAAUGAUCCCAAGAGGGUGAAAAUGGCCGAUGGUUCAACGAUUCAACAACCGCCGCAACAACCGCUGCAAAAACCACCCCAACAACCCUAUCAGAGAUAA